AAGAAGCCUCGUCAUUCAAUUGGGCUUACACAGCUCCAUCCAAACGCAAGAAGAGAAGCCAUGGUGACGACGUCGAAGAUGGUGGCGGUGGCGGUGGCGGUGAUAGCGGUGGUGUUGGUGUUGGUACCGUACAUGAUAGGGCCGCCGACGCUGAGUGGUUCGGCGAAGGUGCUUCACACGUCGAAGGCGAUCGAGGUCACCGGAGAAGGGCCGGAGAGCCUGGACUGGGACCCGCAAGGGGAAGGCCCGUACGUCGGCGUCUCGGACGGCCGUGUUCUCAAGUGGCUCGGAUAUGGCCGCGGUUGGUCGGACUUCGCCUUCACCUCUCCCGACAGGGAGAAUUGCUCGGGACAUGUACCGGAGAGGGAACACAUAUGCGGGAGGCCGUUGGGAGUGCAUUUCGAGAAGAAAUCCGGCGAUCUUUACAUCGCAGAUUGCUACUUUGGGAUCAUGAAGGUCGGACCAGAAGGUGGUCUCGCCCAGAAAGUUGUCGACGAAGCCGACGGCCGCAAAUUCACUUUCACUAACCACAUGGACAUUGACGAAGUCGACGACGUUAUCUACUUCACCGACAGCAGCGACACCUACCAAAUCAGAACGGUUUUGGAGGUGUUCGUGACGGGAGACAAGACAGGGAGAUUGAUCAGAUACGACAUGAAGACGAAAGAGACCAAAGUAUUGAUGACCGGACUCGGCUUCGCAAACGGCGUGACUUUGAGCAAGGACAGGUCAUUCGUCCUGGUGGCCGAGCCACCGGCCGCAAAAAUCCACCGGUAUUGGCUCCGGGGACCAAAGGCCGGAACCCACGACGUAUUUGUCGAGCUCCCGGGCUAUCCGGACAACAUUCGGAGGAACGAGAAGGGCGAGAUUUGGGCUGCCUUGCACUGCAAGAAAACUCUUUUCUCGAGGAUCGUUGUGAACUAUCCGGCCAUCGGAAAGUUUCUCGUGAAGACGAUGAAGAAAGAGCUCAUCUGGUUCUUGUUCGAGGGCGGGAAACCUCACGCGACGAUCGUGAAAGUCGCAGAAAACGGUGAGAUUCUCGAGAACCUUGAAGACAGUGAAGGAGAGAGAGUGAAGUUCAUGAGCGAGGCCUAUGAGAAGGAUGGUAAGCUUUGGAUCGGUUCGUUCAUCUUGCCUAACGUCUGGGUCUAUGAUCUCAAAUGAUGGACUUGUUCUUGAAUCUGAUCGAAAUGGGCUGUCGUUUCUUCUGUUUGUUCUUUUAGAUUUUGAAUAAAAACUGGUUUUAGUUGAGAUUCGGAUUCAGACAAGAUAAAGUUAGUUUCAUUGAUGUAAGUUGGGAACUGAUGUCUUCCUAUUGUCAUCUUCACUCUCUGAGCCUUUUUUUUUAAUGUGAUUUUGUUUUUUUUUCCUUCUUAUUGUUCGCUUUAUACUUCUUAUGAUCGAAUAUUCAAGAGUAAAUUUGUAA